GGCCAACUCCACAGCUGUCAGUGUUUGGGACCCCUAGCUUCAUGGCGUUGUGGAGCUGCACAGGGUAACUGUAGCAGUAAAUUUGUUUUGUUUAAAGGUUUAUCUGGGAAGAGUUUGGAUUAAUGUGAACUACGAAAAGGAAGAGAAAAGCCGCCAUGCCUGUAGUAAUUGGAUUUGAGGGCAGUGCCAAUAAAAUCGGCAUAGGAAUCAUCAGGGAUGGUGAAGUGCUCUCCAACCCUAGACGGACUUACAUUACCCCUCCUGGUCAAGGGUUUAUGCCGAGUGACACCGCCAGGCAUCACCGUGCCGUCAUACUGACUGUCCUCAAGGAGGCGCUGGAGCAAGCAGAUCUGAAGCCUGCAGACAUCGACUGUGUGGCGUACACCAAAGGUCCUGGUAUGGGUGCCCCCUUGGUGACGGUGGCUCUGGUGGCCCGUACAGUGGCUCAGCUUUGGGGGAAGCCGCUCCUUGGUGUCAACCACUGUAUUGGACACAUUGAGAUGGGCCGACUCAUUACGAAGGCCAACAACCCCACCGUGCUUUAUGUUAGUGGAGGGAACACACAGGUUAUUGCAUACUCAGAGCGGCGGUAUAGAAUAUUUGGAGAGACCAUCGAUAUCGCAGUUGGAAACUGUUUGGACAGGUUUGCUCGAGUUAUAAAGAUUUCCAAUGACCCCAGUCCAGGCUACAACAUAGAGCAGAUGGCCAAAAAAGGGAGUCAGUACGUUGAGCUGCCAUAUACAGUUAAAGGAAUGGACGUCUCUUUUUCUGGGAUUUUAUCCUAUAUUGAGGAAGUUUCACAUAAGAUGCUACAUUCUGGUCAGUGUACAGCAGAGGACCUGUGUUUCUCCCUGCAGGAGACCGUGUUCUCCAUGCUGGUGGAGAUCACAGAGAGGGCCAUGGCUCACUGCGGCUCCCAAGAGGUCCUCAUCGUUGGGGGCGUUGGCUGUAACCUGCGUCUGCAGGAGAUGAUGGGGGUCAUGUGUAAGGAGAGAGGAGCCAAACUGUUUGCCACAGAUGAACGAUUCUGCAUUGAUAACGGAGCAAUGAUUGCUCAAGCGGGCUGGGAGAUGUUCAGGUCUGGUCAGGUGACGGAGCUGGAGGACUCGUGGAUUACACAAAGGUACAGAACAGAUGAGGUAGAGGUGACGUGGAGAGACUGACCAACAUCUUGGUGGUAUAGACGUCAACGUAGCAGGUCUGUGAUGACAGGUGGUGUUGGAACUCCUAAGUACCUCUGAAGGGGCGCUUCAACCCUGGGAAAAUGAGUCAGAUUUGUUCUGAAGUUUUUCUGUCCCAUCUCUCCCUGUUCACUUGCAUUACAGUUUAAAGCUUCACAAGGUAAUUUCACUCUUUUGGUGGCUGCAGAUGCUGUAGCAGCGAGUGUAUUUAGAUUUUCAAAUUUUGUACCUGCUUGUGUUUCAGAUGAACUAUAGACAAGAGAAAAUUCUGAUGGUGUUUUUUUGUACAAUUUACAUCCCUUUUUGUGUGGCUUUUCUCUUUAAAAAAAAAAAAUCCCUGGCACUCUGAUAUUUUACAAAACUGGCUGUAACACAACAUAAACAGUAAACCUUUGUCACCAAUUCAAAGAAACAUUAACAGAAACAGGUGAUGUCAGCAGUAACUCUCCAAUGAAAAAUAAAACAAAUACUGAGAACUUUCAAGUUUUAUUCAUUUUUAUUAAGCAAUACUGUUCUUACAUUCCUCCUUUCUCCAGUGUAAAUUUUUUUUUUUAUUCAAUAAAUUCUUUUCAAAAUUCAACAUACCAAACGUGGUGAGAUCCCUUACUCAUGGACUAAUGAGUAACAUUCACUCAAUCAGGGAACCAAAUAAAAACAAAGUAACACAGCAUUAAGAUGUGACAGGGGAGGGAGAUUGGGGUGGGGGGGGGGUGUGAAGGUUUGAACUUCACUGCGCCUUUGACUACACCCCUCUGUAAACUGAAGACACAGAUAGACAAGUCCUCUGCAUACAUUAUAACCAUAAAACUCAAGCAGGUACAGGACAGACAUUCUUCCGUUUGUAAUGAAGGGGGAAAUAAAUCACUCUGGUGAGGGUUUCUCGCACAAAGGGAUUGGUCACAACUGAUUUUUCUUCUUAACAAAGUGCUUGAUUGACCACUCGCUUUACAGAGGACACAAAUAAGGUUCAAUAAAACUGCAGCUUUCAAAAAAAAAAAA